AUGGACUCUCUGCCCCAAGAAAUAUUGGACAACAUCCUCGGUCGCAUACCUGCGCGAGAGAGCGACAUCCGAAAUGAUUAUCUCUGGGAGCUCCAAAACUGGACGGAUGUUAAUUCGGAAGAAUUCGACCCUGAGACACCGCGUCUUCGACCGGAUCUUGCGGCCGUGUGCCGCAAAUUUCAGCUGGGCAUCGAACGGGCAACCUUUCACUCGCUCAGAAUCACGAGUGACGACUUGGAGUCCGUCCGAGAUGCCUUCAAACGGUGCCCCAACCGCCAGACUUCACUACGCGAGCUGCACGUGGACAUUGUGACACCCGAAUACCGGCACAGCUCAGGGCCCUCGGCCAUCAUCGAGAACAUGGCACACUGCGACAUUGCUCACACGGAGAUUCUGAGAGAGUUGAUGAUUAUGCUAUCCGAAUGGCCAGACGACACGCGAGUAUCAUUGUCCAUCAGCCUCACUACCUAUAUUAAACACAACAGACAAUCAAAAAACAUCGAGCUUUACCAUUUUAAUUUCUCGUUCUUACACUUCUCUCCGAGACGGAAUGUCGACGGCGACUUCCUCCUUAUGCAAAAAUUUCCCAACUUGGAGUCUUUCGACCUCAAUGCUCGGGAGUUCCCCUUCUUUAUCAAACCGCGACGAGAAAUGCGAAAGUCUCUGAUCAACACCCUUUCAUCAUAUCAGUUCCCGACAUCGGCAAGGCACGGAAAGCUUAUCAUCUCACCCAAUGAAUACGGUCCCUUCCAGCAGCUACCGCAGAUGACCAAAGACGGGGAGAGCGAUCCUCUCUUUGUGAGCCUGCGCCGAGCGAUUGGCGGCUUUUCAGAAUUCGAGUACGCGGGCCAUCUCAGCUCUUCUUUCUUCUGGUCGCCACCUCCCAGUCUGGGCGAUGCAGUCCCGUAUUGGCAGAACAUGACCAAGCUCAAGGUUGAUUGCGACAUGGUCUCGCCCAGCGGAGAGUGGUACCUGAAGCACUAUAACACGCGCAUUGUCGACGGCGACGACAAAGUAGCCGUCUGGACCGUCAAUGAGAAGGUCAUGGUUCCAAUGCUCACAUCCAUGGCCAAGGCGGCGGGCCAGAUGAUCUCCCUCAAGGAACUCCGGUUCAGAGUCCUCUUGGCUAGGUACGAAAGAGGCGACGACUCCGAAGGAUUCCAUCGCUUCCACGUUAAUUAUCUCGCUCCCGGGGUCGAGCCAUAUGUCGGCGUAGCAGAGUUCCCGCGGUGCUGUUGCUCGUCUAAGGACUUUGUACCGGAGUAUAGGGCGCGCCAGGCCGGCGACUUGGAGAAGGCUCGUUUGCUGCUCAAAAUCAAAACCGAGAAUCUGAAGCGUGAAGGGUUAAAGGACUCCUGUCCGGAUAGCCCAAGGUGGCUUUUGAAUAUGGAUCAGUGGCAGCCGAAUGAAGAGUUGCUCGACUUGUUUAGGCAAGUAGGGAGAAAGGCCCAUUCAAAGGAUGCGGUCAUCAUUCGACACGUACACCAUCAUAGACAGGACUAUAUCUUGGAACAGGACUAG